AUGACAUUGAGGUAUGGAAAUUCCGCUGAAAUUGCACACAUUUUCUCCAAAUGCACAAUAAUUUACAAGUUUUCUUCUAAAGAUGUUUACAACAGUCGUUCCUAGCAAUUGCUUCGCGUGGUUAGUCAAAUGCUCAAGCUCUAGCUUGAUUGCAGAUGAUGUUCAUGAGUGUGAAAAGGUACAAUGUUGAGCUCGAGCUCGAUGCAUGUCUAUGAUGGAACCAGAUCCUGUUUUACUCAACCUACUCGCAAGAUCACAGAUAUCUUUGUCAGCUGAACAUGUAGGGCCUAUGUUGGCAGCAGCAUUGAAAGUUUACCGCCCGAUUGUAUAAUUCAAAAAUCCGGACUCGCUCUGAAAAUCUGGACGAAUGUUAGAGAUUUCGGAAAAAGCUUUGGUGCUAAUCUGAAGCCAUUUUGCCUCAGAAUCCACCAACACCCCUACAAUCUCCUUCGCCUGCUCUUUCUCAGGCUCCAUCUUCUCAGUAGAAUGAUCCUCCUGUAUCUCGUCUUCAUUCGUCACAAUCGUCCCAUCGUUCGACCCGGAAAACCAGCGCGGCAUCUCCUCGUCCUCGAGUUUCUGAUUCUGAGAACGCAAGCGGCCGAACCUCGCAAUCCAUUCAUCCAAAAUUUUCAGUUCUUCUCUGAUUUUCUUCGAUGGCUCAAUCCGAUCAGUGGCAAAGGGCAACUCUUCUAUUUCACAUGAGGCAGUCAUGCUAGGAGAAGCUCUCCAAGCUUCGGCAUCCUGCGAACGUCGUCCGGAAACGACCAGCUCAUCUUCUCCACCACGUGACCUCGAAUUCAUGACUUCAUGCCGCUUCGAAGAUUAUAGAAAGAGAGAAAUAUGAGAAGAAAGAGGUCUAGAUCCAACUUAUAUAGGAAAUAGAACUCGUCCGAGGAGUUUAGUGUUCCAAGUUCCGAGGAUCAAAAUUACAGUACAGUGAAGGUUCU